AUGUCGAACAUAAUGCCUUUUAUUAUGUCUUCACCUCCACCUAUUGAUGAUAAUGAGGAGGAUGAAGACGAUGAAUUCGGUGAUUUUAGAAUGGCAGAACAUAGUUUCGCUUUAAAUGAGUAUAAUCCAGUAAGUGAAUCACCAGAUUCAGUGGAUCCAGUUAAAUCAUGGGAGGCAGAACUAAAUGUAUCGUCAUCAGAGAAACCUAAUGAGUAUUACCAAAAUUUUGUAAAUAUAAAUGAAAAUUUAAGUAAUUUGGAAGAGGAAAGCAAUAAAAUUGUAAAUACAAUUGAUUCUACAAUAAGUUUUUCAGAAUCUUCUUUUAAUGAUUUUGAAGAAAGUGUAUCUGAUAGGAAACAAACAGCAAUAAAUUUUACAGAAAAUUUGGUUGAAAAAUUCGAAUCAGGUGUAAAUAAAUUAGGUCCAGAAACUGCUUUAAAUGUUACUUCUAAUGCAACAGAAACUACGUCAAAUGAUACUCAUAACUUAGAAGAAAUCAGUGAAAAAACUAUUGUUGAUUCACAUACAAAUAAUGAACAAUUUCAUGAGUUGAAAUCAUUACCUGAAGAAAUCAGUGAAAUAAAUAAAGAGACAGUAAUAGUGAAUAAUUUAAGUACAGAAAGUUCUUCUGAAUUGAUUAGCAAUAGUUCACAAGAAAAUGUAAUAAGUACAGUGAAUGAAAACGAUGAAUAUAGUGACUUUACAGAUUUCACAUCUGGAAAUAAAUUAAAUUUUGUGCAACAAACUGAAGUGGCUGAUAGAGAACCAAAUGCAGUAAAUAAUUUAGAUGAAAAUGAAGUGGAUGAUUUUAAUGACUUUCAAGGAAUAGUUUCCGAGUCUUCUCCUACUAAAGAGCCUACAGUUCAAGAGACAUUAAAACUAAUGUUUAAUAGUAGUCACGAGGAACCUACAAAUAUUGAAGAAGUAAAUGGGGCUCCAUUAACAGAUACUCUUCACUCAUGUUUAGAUGACAGUAGUUCAGUGUGGGGCCUUUUAAAAGAGUUAGAGGCCAGUCAUGCUCUUUUGUAUCAGUGGUCUAAUUCACAAUCGAAUAAGAUUUUAUUAUCAUCACUGAAUAUAGACUGCAGAAAUAUUUUUUUCGGAGCCAAAUGGAAUUUAUGUGUGCCUCGUUUCGCUGCUAAUUUAGGAGUAAAUCCACUUGAACCAGUUAAGGCAAAUGAAAACUCUAAAUUUGCUCAAUCAAAUUUUCCAAAAACUGAAAGUACUGUUGAGGAAGUAGUUCCAGCAGCACAAUUUGAUUGGAAUGGAAGUGGGCUGACAAAUCCAUUAGAUAAUGAGAAAAAUAUAGAUAAUUCCAAUGUGUUUAUCUCGGCGGAAGACUCGAAGAAUAUUAUUGUACCGGAUUGCCAAUUAAAUCAAAUUGAAGAAUUAAUAGAUUCGUCUCAAUUAGGAAAUGAAUUACAAAAUGAAAAUGUCGAAAUUAAAUCGUCUUCUAUUACUUCCUCAAUCGUUCAACAAAAUUUAAAAAAUUCAAAUGAAACAAAAGCAGAGGCGUAUGCAGUCGUAGAAAGUUUACCAGAUUUGUCAUUUCUUAGUGCCAGAAAACUUAUGCAUGUAGCAAAUGAAAAUAUUAAUAGAUGGAGAAUAGGGAAUUAA